GAACAGAGAGAGACGGAGAGAGACGGAGAGAGAGGGAGAGAGCAACUCUCAGAAAAAGCAAAAGGGGAAGUCUGCAAAUAAAGGGAGAGGAGGAGAAACGCUAGAAACCACAUGUGGCUGUUAGAAGCCAUAAUCCAGCUAUGGAGCGAGACAGAAUCGCUGCCCUGAAACGCUCAUUUGAAGUGGAAGAUGUGGACUCUUCCUCGCACUCUUCAUCGCCUCAUACACGGCGAGCACCAUCCAAUGUUCAGCGUUCAGCCAUGUCACCGACCAGCGGACGGUAUUAUGAGCUGGGCUCCAAUGGUACCAAGCCUCCUGACACCUCAAAGCCCAAAGCUCGAACCCCUGAACCUGUGUCACGUAGAACAGAGCUAGGCUUUGACAUCUCAUCCAACAACAAUGGCAAAUCUACUGAAGGCUCUCCCAGUCCUGGCACUGCUCGGUUUGGGCUGAGGAGGCCAGAUGUCUUGAGCAGUAAGAUGCCUGAGACGCAGAAGCACUCAGUCACCUUUAGCAAGACACUGGAGACAAUUGCCCCCAUCACACGUUCAGCAUCUACCAUCGUUCCUCAUGCCAGUGCUAAACUCCCAGAGACCACCUUCAGGAAAAGCGAGCCACCAAGCCCUGCAGAUGGAUCAGCAAGAAAGCCUGAAAUCAUUGUCACCAAAUCAACAGACACUAAAGGUCAUGACAGUCUUCACCAUCCACCAGUUACAACAAGAUGUCCAUCACCUAAUCACGUUGGACGGAAAUCCCCUAGUUCUGACAAGCAAAGGCCAGAGGUCAUUACAAGUUCUUACGGCAAUAUGGCAGAUGUAGGAAAGACACCUGUGGCACGGAAUGAGAAGACAAACAAUGACUUUGGCUAUGUGGGCAUUGAUGCCAUCUUGGAACAGAUGAGGAGGAAAGCCAUGAAACAAGGCUUCGAGUUUAACAUCAUGGUAGUGGGUCAGAGUGGUCUGGGUAAAUCUACGCUGAUGAACACUCUUUUUAAAUCUAAAGUGAGUCGCAGAUCUUUGAUGAAAACAGAAGAAGAGCGAAUUCCUAAGACAAUUGAGAUCAAGUCCAUCAGUCAUGAUAUUGAGGAGAAAGGAGUGAGGAUGAAGUUGACUGUCAUUGACACUCCAGGUUUCGGAGACCAGAUAAACAAUGAGAACUGCUGGCAGCCCAUCAUGAAGUUCAUUAAUGCACAGUACGAACAGUAUUUACAGGAAGAGAUCAACAUUGAAAGGAAGAAGAGGAUCCCAGAUUCACGAGUCCACUGCUGCAUAUAUUUUAUUCCUCCCACUGGACACUGUUUGAGGCCAAUUGACAUUGAGUUUAUGAGACACCUAAGUAAAGUGGUGAACAUCGUUCCUGUUAUCGCCAAGGCAGACACACUCACCCUGGAAGAGAGAGAUUUCUUCAAACAGAAGAUACGAGAGGACUUGCGAGCCAAUGAAAUUGACAUCUAUCCUCAAAAAGAGUUUGAUGAGGAUGCAGAGGACAGAAUCAUAAAUGAGAAGAUCAGGGAGAUGAUCCCAUUUGCUGUGGUGGGAAGUGAUCAGGAAUAUCAGGUCAACGGAAAAAGACUUCUGGGCAGGAAAACAAGAUGGGGGACAGUAGAAGUUGAGAACACCGCACACUGUGAGUUUGCCUACUUGCGGGACCUGCUCAUCAGAACUCAUAUGCAGAACAUCAAAGAUAUCACAAGCAGCAUCCAUUACGAGAUGUACCGCGUACGCAGACUCAAUGAGAAUAACACGCAUCCAAACGGGCAACAAGCCAUCAACGCGAAUGGCGUACCUGAGCAUGAAGUCCUCUCCCAUGAGAUGUAGACCAUCCACCCAUCCAUCAAUCUGUCCCUCCAUCUAUCUUUUUUUUUUUUUUUCAAUCCCUCAAUUCUCAACAGUCUCUUCCUCGGUUCAUUCUGACUGGCUGUGUGUGGACUAUUGUUUUUUUAACACCAAAAAAUAUUUCCGAUCUGUGGAAAAUGAAUCUUUAAGUGUGGAGUAAAAUGUGAUGUUCUGUAAUGAAUUUCAUUAAAGAUGUGUUACUGUUUUUGUUUAAGUUUUAAGUUGUCAUUUAUGUUAACAGCUUAGAGCUCUGAAAAAUGUCAUCUGUCAGAAGUUAAACACAGCAUAUGCUUAAAGCUCUCUCACUUAAUCAUUACAAAUUAGUGGUUAAAUUGCAGUUUAAAUAAAAUCAUGCUUUAUGGCUAUACUGGGCAUAAAAAUGAAGAGCUCUAAAGCAUAAAAGAAUACGAAUAAAUCAUGUUUUUCGCUAUUUAAAAAUAUAAUGAAACGAAGUAAAGUGGAAAAGGAUCCUUAGUUUAUUGCAGGACUUCUGACUGUGUAGUCACACACUUAUAGGCAAGAGUUUUGAUCCUGAUUAAAGCAUUGUCAGAGGAACAUUUUAGUUGAGUAUAACCAUAAUGCAGUUUUAGUAUCGCCCUGUUUAGUAGUGACUUUGCCCUGUGCUGUAUCUUUACCAAUCUAAAAUUUUCAUGUACUUGUUGCCAUGCCAUGUUUGCAUUUUUUUAAGCAUUGCUCAUUUAUUUUGUCAUAGUAAUUAUUGUUGUGCUUUUUAAUUGUAAAGGCCUUGACAUUAAAUGUUCAUUUUGUUUUUUAUUUGUAAAGGGUUCUGUAUUUAUAUGCAGCAUCAUGUCACCCAAAUGUUAUAGUGUGGCCUUUGUACGUCAAAUGUUUAAAUUUCCAGAAUAGCACCACAGUGACCCAAAGCACCUAUACUUAACUUUUUUUUUUGUUUGUUUGUUUUUUUUUUCUUUUGCAACU